CGUCCCCUCCGGUCAGUUCCGCCGCCGGUAGGAGUGAGGCUCGGAGCCGUGGCCCCUUUCGCCCUGAUACACCGUUCAGCUCUUUUAGCGUUGCUUUUAAAACGUGCACCAUGACGUUUGAUGUACGGAGGUUCGAUAUCUACAGGAAGGUGCCCAAAGACCUCACCCAGCCCACAUACACUGGAGCCUUCAUCUCGAUCUGCUGCUGUGUUUUCAUGCUCUUCCUCUUCCUCUCCGAGCUGACGGGAUUCAUAGACACAGAAAUAGUUAAUGAGCUCUAUGUGGAUGAUCCAGAUAAGGACAGUGGAGGGAAGAUUGAAGUGAGUUUAAACAUCAGUUUGCCAAACUUACACUGUGAUUUGGUGGGUUUGGACAUCCAAGACGAGAUGGGCCGACAUGAAGUGGGCCACAUAGACAACUCUAUGAAGGUGCCGCUCAACAACGGUUACGGCUGCCGCUUCGAGGGCGAAUUCACUAUUAAUAAAGUCCCUGGAAACUUCCAUGUGUCCACACACAGCGCCACAGCGCAGCCACAGAACCCCGACAUGACCCACAUCAUCCAUAAGCUCGCCUUCGGGGAGAAGCUUCAGGUCAAACACGUCCAAGGAGCCUUCAACGCCCUCGCCGGAGCCAACAGACUUGAGUCCAAUGCUCUGGCCUCACAUGAUUACAUCCUCAAGAUUGUCCCUACAGUGUAUGAGGACUUGUCAGGAAAGCAGAGGUUUUCCUAUCAGUACACCGUUGCGAACAAGGAAUACGUGGCCUACAGUCACACAGGACGCAUCAUCCCAGCCAUUUGGUUUCGCUAUGAUCUGAGUCCAAUCACAGUGAAAUACACAGAGAGGAGACAGCCUAUCUACCGUUUCAUUACUACAAUCUGUGCCAUUAUUGGCGGGACGUUUACAGUGGCUGGCAUUAUUGACUCCUGUAUAUUCACGGCCUCUGAGGCCUGGAAGAAAAUCCAGAUAGGCAAGAUGUCCUGAGUGCCGACACAUUUGCCAGCACCCGUCUUAUUUAUACCACGAUGACUGUCCACGUUUUCCACUGUUCCACACUAUGAGCCCAAUUUUUCCCUUUAAGAAUUGUUUUAUUUAGUCAUUCCAUCUGAUAGGCCAGCUGCAGAUUCUCAGUCUUUUGCACAAGUCAGAACUAAAAUGUUACUCAGAUCAAGAGAUUGUGUUGCCAAACUUUUGCAUAGUUUCUAAAAUUGUUCUGUUUAGUUGCAUUUUUGUCAAUUUCCCAGUAUAUGAGUUCGCAGUUCCCUCCUUUCAGUAUGAAUGUUACAAAAGGCCAUCCAAAGCACCACUUCUUGGUAAUUCCUUCUUGCUCAAUAAGUAUUUCGGCUUUGUCCGCUGAUAACAUUUGCCACGACUUGUCAGUAUAUGAAGGUGUCCUGAAGAUUUAGUUUGUCUAACAAGCAACACAUCCUACAAUUAAAGACUACUGUACUUAGAUUAGCAUCCCAGAUUACACAAAGCGGUUAAUAGGGGGUUCAUUAUCUGAUUAAUUGCACAAAGAAAGUGUCAUACUGUAUUCAUUACUGAAGAUGAUUAUGACCCUGAUUAGUUUACUGUCUGCUUAGUUUAAAAAUUGGCCUAAUGUGCCUUAAAAGUGUUUUCAGAUGACAGGAUUAAGUCAGUGGAGGUAAAAUCACCCAUAAAGAGGGUAAAGUUUGGCAGAUUUUGAUGUCGAUGGUGGUACU